AUGGAAGGUGUCAUCAACAGUGCUAUCAAAAAGUACCUGAUCAGUGACACCCAGCUCCUGGUUUCAUUAAACUUUGCUUCAAACAUGAUCAAAAGAGCUAAAUUACAGAGGGAAGGCCUUAUGUGUUCAACUUUUACUUCGCCUGCUCACUCCUCAGUCCUUGAUCUGAAUAUAACCCGUGUGGAGUGUUAUCCAGAAAAAGUAUUCGUGUGUUUUUGGGGUUGGUACAACAGCAUAUGUGAAUUGGACUAUCAUAUAUUGCAUAAUGAAGUACAGAAUGCAGCAAAAACUAGCACCAACAUUGCAGUUGAUGAGUUGUGUUUUGCAGAGGACCUUUACAAUGGCGGAUGGCACCGAGGAAGGGUAAUAAGAAAGAAUGAAGAAUCAUAUGAAGUAUUUCUCAUAGAUGUUGGGAUGAUGUUGACAGUUGAUUCUCGACAUAUUGCUGCUGCUUCUAAGAAUUUGUUUAAGUUGCCUCCGAAAGUGGUGUGUGGCUUAUUUGCCAAUAUAGUGCCAGUGAAAGGGAGAUGGUCCCCAACAGCAGUCAAAUAUUUUUCAUCAUUGACAAAUUCUCGAAUCACAGGCAGUGUUGAAAAGCUCUUGAAGAACCAAAUUAUUUUGGUGGAAGCCCCAGACAUUAAUAAAAAACUCUUUGAACUUGGUUUAGCAAAAGUUCUUGAUGGCAGUACUUUCAAUUUUCUAAUGGAACUGUCUAAAGAUUCAAUAGAAUUACCUGGGUAUGAGAAUAUGGAACCUCUGUACAUGCAGAAAAGCUGCAGCAAGCCUGUGUUUGAUGAAACUAUUGUAUUAUCUCCAAGUUUCCAACGAAUCCUGGAUGUUUUGAGUCCAAGUUUGCAAACUGGUGUUACAGAGGCAAGUUUGUGCUGUAAAAGGCAAAGAUGGAAGAUGGUACAGGGGAGUUGUAAAGCAACUCUUAACCUCUGGCCAGGUAGAAGUUUGAAGUUGAUGCCAGCUUUUUUUAUGAUGCCUCUGAUGUCAUUUCCUUGUGCAUUAAAUGGCUUAUCAAAUCAAACAAAACCAUGGAUAAGUUUGCAGACUGACAUUUUCAAGGAAUCACUGUUUGAGGAAAUGUUAACUAUUUGCAUUGACACCUAUUCUCCUAAAGAGCAUUUAUACUAUGUUACACUGUACAAGCAGAAAAACAUUAAUAUCCAUCAAGUGAAUGCAAUAACGUCAGAAGUAAAUCCAAAGAUUGAGUGUAGCCCAAAGAAGAAGGUAACUAGGGAUAGUAACGGACAAAUUAGAAAACUUCGAGAAACUAAGGGGUUAGGAACUGGGAAGGAGACAUGUAAGCCAAUGCAACAUUCUGUAAGCUCUGAUGAAAUGAAAAUAAAUGCUUCCUAUGUUGGAUUUGUGGAGUAUGUAAUCAACCCGUCUGACUUUUGGAUUCGAACAUCAGAAUACAAUGAUGAAUUUGAAUGCUUAAUGAUCAAUAUUCGAAACCACUAUAGCAAAGUUGGCAUAAAUGAGAAGCUAAUUCAGAAACCAGAACCUGGUUUGUUUUGUUGCGCUAGGUAUAGCAAAGACCUACAUUUUUACAGAGCAGUUAUUACAGAUGUACUUGAUGACCAACUCAGAGUGUUUUUUGUUGACUUUGGGAAUGCUGAAGUUGUAGAUUUUGAUGCUGUGAAAUCCCUGCCUCCUGAGUACAUGAAUCUGCCUUCUUUGGCAAUGAAUUGUUCUAUUGCUCAUAUUUUUCCUUUCGAGGAAGUGUGGACUAAAGAUGCAACUAACUUCUUUAAGAAAGCUGUAUUCAACAAGAAACUUUUUAUAAACGUGGUUUCAAGGCAGGGCAGCAGAUAUGUCAUAGAUAUUAAAGAUAUGGAGUGCAGUGAGCAGUUGUCUAUUAGCACAGUGAUGCUUGAAGCCGGUUAUGCUGAUUUUUGGAAUGUACAGCCAAACUUUGUAUUGUUUGAACAGAAAUGUCAAUGGAAAUUUCCAAAAUCCAGAACAGGCAAAUCACCUGCAAGUGAGAAAAGGAUAUAUACAGAUAAAAACUCCAAGUUGAAAAGUUCAUGCAGUAUUCCAUUUUCAAAUACCUCAGUGGCUACUACUUUAUCUCCAGCUAUUGAAAUGCAUAAUAACUUUCCACGUGUACACCUUCACCUGCCAGUAUGGAGUAAAGAGUCCAAAAUAGCAUCACCGUAUAGACAACAAGUAUUUAAACUUGGAUCUGUUCUUGAUGUGAGAGUGACUCAUGUAAAUUCUCCAGCAGAAUUUUGGUGUCAACUGCAGAACAACUCAAAUCAGCUUGAAUUGCUUAUGAGGAACAUGCAGCAUUACUACAGUAUUCCAAGGGACCCUUUUCAAUUUGAGCACACUGGUUGUGUUGCAAAGUGCACCAAAGAUGGUCAGUGGUAUAGAGCAUCAGUUAUUCAAGGAAACUUUACAAAUGAAGAGGUUGCAGUAUUGUUUGUUGAUAAUGGUAUCCAGCAAAAAAUAGCUAUCAAAAAUCUUUGUGCUAUUAAUCCAGAAUUUCUUCAUCUAGAAGGACAGGCAUUUAGGUGCACUCUCAACAACAUUAUUCAACCUGUAAGCUGUGGUCCUUCUGUUUUGGAUCAUGCUUCUUGUAACAAAUUUAAACAAUUCAUUGGCAAUUGUUUAAUUUCUGGUGAGAGUCUCAAAUGCACAAUAUUGGCAAUGGCCCUGAUGAAUGGAAAGGGCCUGUGUAAUGUGGUAGACCUUCAUACACCACUUAUUAAUGUAUGCCAGUUACUUUUGGAGGCUCGACUACCUACUUGCAUGAAAUCACCAUCUUUGUUUAGUCCCUCAGUUCAAUUAUACACACCGUAUUACAGUGCCCAUGAUAUAAAAAUUGGAAGUGAAGAGAAGGUGUAUGUAACCUAUGUGUCGAGUCUGUCAAAAUUCUAUUGCCAAUUGGACAAAAAUACCGUAGUUAUAGAUACACUUAAGACUGAGGUGGAUAUUGUUAGUAAACAAAUGCAAGGACAAAAAUUAGACUUGGAUAGGACCAGUAUAUGCUUAGCUAAAUAUUUUGAAGAUGGUCAGUGGUAUCGUGCUGUAGCCCGUACUCUCCAGUCACCUGAACAUUUUCAAGUGUUUUUUAUAGAUUAUGGCAAUACUGAGAUAGUUGAUAAAAAUGACGUUGUUCCAAUUCCUGAAGAUGCAAGGAAUUUGAUUUUUAUACCAAUGCAAGCAGUUAAAUGCUGUUUGUCCCUUUGUACUCGGGAACUGUCUGAUGAAACUGUUGUCUUGUUUAAACAAACUGUAUUUGGAAAACCACUAACAGCAUUUGUGGUAGCAAAAAGGUCUGAUGGUCAAUUAAUUCUUGAGCUUUAUGAUGGAAGUUUAAACAUUAGUGCACAAAUAACAGGUCAAUGCAUACCAUGUCAGUCUGGAAGAGGGAAACUGAGCCUUGAUGAAACAAAAUGGCAAAGUGACAAUUCUUUUCAACCAGCCAAAGUAGUUCCUUCCGCAGAACAACUGAUGAAGAGGCAACCUGAUUACUUAGUGCACUUAAUUAAUGAAACAAACAGACUGAUCCUUUCCUUUUUGAAGGCAGAACUACAUUAUGUUGGAUGUAAAAAUAAAGUCCAGAACUGCAGCCUUGGAAAGGAAAAUGUGCAAUGUAUGGUUGGAAGACGUUUCAAAAAUAAAAAGAAUUGCCAAAAUGAAAUUAUCCCCAAGUUUGCUGCACAGCGUACAAAGAGGAAAAUACCAUGCAAGAUAACGAAUUUGGGUGAAACAGACCAUGCAGCCAAGGCUACAUUCCAUCAAGGGAAGAUUAAGAUGGCAGCUCAUCAUGUGAUUACCUCUAAGAAAACGUUGCCAUUGACGAAAUGUUGUCACCUUGUACAAAACAGUCCUGCAGCUCAAAAUGAGAUGAUUUUAUUGCAGUGGCCUAAACUACAAAAGGAUAGCAUCAUCAAACAUGUCAUUGUGUAUCAACAGAAUGCCAAUGUAAAAGUUAAACAUCCGUUAACUGAAUAUAUAAUAACCCCUGUGAUUCUGUUAACUGGCCAGGAAGUUAUUAAAUUGCUAAGAAAAUUGGAUUCUAGAUUUGUAGAGGUUGAGAUUAACCAAGUUACUGUUACUCGAAACAUUUCAGUAAAAGAAAUUGUUCACAAAAAUGAUUUAAUUCGUAUUUCAGAAUAUUUUUCACCUAGUUUUGAUGGAUGGGUAAAAGAAGUUAGUUUUGCAGAAAUGGAAAACAGGAUGGCAAACAAACAGUGUUUGAUGUCACCAGAAACUUUGCUUCCUGUUGAGAAGAGUGCAUUAAGCUCACCGUUGAACCCAAUUUUGUGUGGCUGUAUCCAGACUAGAAUAGAAUAUACUGGCUUUGCUACUUCUGUGAUUGACCCUUCAGAAUUCUACAUUCAGCUUGAAGAUACAUUAGAAAUGAUGGAAACUCUCUCAUCACUGUUGGCUCAAUUGUCGGAGAAUUAUCAGGCUUUACCUCGAGAUAUAUUGAAGCCUGGUGUAACUUGCUUAAUCAAGUCUGCCACAGAUGAGCAGUGGUCUCGGGUAGAAAUAUAUGAAGUCUCUCAGCAGUUUGUUAUUGUUAGAGCUGUUGAUUAUGGACAUUAUAUUUUUGUACCAUCUUCAGAUUUGAGCAGACUGAGGGAACUUCCUGUAGAGCUUGCAGAAGUACCACGCUUGACUAAUCCCUGCAGUCUAAGUAAUGUUGUGCCUUCAGUUGGGCAUAACUGGACAGAUGAAGCUAUAAUUUUCUUUCAAAACUCCUUAAACGAGCAAACUUUGACCAUAUUUUUUAAACAGUGUAUAUCUGUGUUACUUUGGGAAGUAGAUCUUGUCAUAAACAACAAAAAUGUUGCAGAAGAUUUGGUUUCUGCAGGACAUGCAGCUUUUCUGAAAGGAAUUGAGAAAUCCUCAAUUAAAGACUCUGUUAGUUCUGCAGAGGACAUUCAAGUACUGACUGAACCUGUUUUAGAGCAACAAUUUGAGAAAAAUGAGUUUUCGGAUGUUUUACUUAAUGAAGAUACCAUUGAGAAAUUUGAAUCCACUUAUUCAAAAGGAUGUAUGAAUGCAACUUUCUAA